GAGAAGUUGUUCACAGAGUGCGUUCAGACACCGAGCUGUGAGGAGGUUCGCGUUCCGUUGUUAGUUCGUGUGUAGCUGUGUGUAAAUACUAGACUGUAACAAUACCACAAUAAGUUAGAUGCAACAUACAAUGGGAUUUAAGUCCUCACCGUGUAUCAAGAAGUCCCUUGCCUUCUGCUGAAUAACUAACACGAAGAAUGCCACUGCGCGCUGGUGGGUGCGCACUAGGCUCAUAAUUCAGAAGUAAAUCGCUUCCUGUAACCUGCCGGAUGAUUUUCUUAUUCCCAGGACAAGAACAGCUGUUGCAGGUUCUGCUGGCAGCUAUGCUUACGAGCUGGUACCACCAAACAAUGCAAUCUGGAUUUCGAGGGACACCAUGAAGGUAACAACAAAUGUGGACCCCAUGACGACAGAGGCCAUAAAGCCAGAGAGUGGUCUACCCUUGCCACAGCAGGGCGACAUCAUCACCACUGACAAAGAGGUUGAAGGAGAAGUCGGUGAAGCAAACCAGCAACAACAGAAUCAUGGUCGUCUCACGAAAACUGUUACGUUGACAAAUGGAAAUAAGGAGACCUAUCAUGGUGAUAGGCCUGGUAAAACGAUUUUUAACGGGAUCUCAAAGUCAUUGAAAGUGGAGGAUCCUCAUGGUGAUUUCAUAGUGACUAAUGGAGACAGCAAUCAUUCAGCACCCAAGAAACUACAAGACAAGACUGAUUCCACUGCCAGCAAAGCACCCAGUCUGAAUGGCAGCUGUACUAGGGGGACAGAAGAGGAUUAUCUAAGGACAAAUGGAGAUGUGACUGAGAGCCCUGCUCUGUGCUGUAAUGGGGCGCUGAUACAUGAUGGUGGUGGUAAAGAGCAGUACUCUUGUAGGAGACAGCAGGAUGAGGGUGAAGACCACCUGGCAGCUGACUGGGGCCGCACAGUGGCGGGUGUUAAAGAACAGGCUUUUGCUCGCCUCCAGGAAGAACUCAACAAAGCUCACCAAGAGCUGAGACUCAGGGAUGAGGAGGUGAAUCGACUAAGUCGUGUUCGGGAGGAGGUGGAAGCAGAACUUGAAGAGCUCACUGCCAGUCUGUUUCAGGAGGCUCACAACAUGGUGCGUGAAGCCAACGUGCGACAAGCUACAGCAGAACGCGCCCUGAAAGAAAGCCAAAUGAAGGUUGAGGUACUCACUGCAGAGGUGGCAGCUCUCAAGACUCUGGUACUUACUUCUACCCCCAGCCGCCCUAAUCCCCACUUGCACCCUCAGAUUGACCCUCAAAGUAACAGACCCAAGGAUGAUUCUACAGUGUCAGGAGUUGGUUUGUUCAUCAGAAAGCAUCGGCGAUCACCAUCUCAUUUCAACCUCAAGUAUGGCCGAGAGAACUCCCCUCCCGAGUCACCAGUUAAAGAACAGAGGCCUCCAAUGCCAGAAUCUCUUGAUAACAAAGAAGGAUGUGAGGUUGACCCUAAUGUGCACAAGGAGUUUAUGGCAUGGAAACAGUGUCCUUGUGUGGAUAAAUCAGAUGCAUUCAUUGCACGGGUGUAUGACGAGGACAUAAACCUGUGCCUCAACUUUAACAACAAGGAGCUGGGGGCUAGAGUACAGGAUGCCAUUGAGAGAGGCAACAUCUACAUAGAGGCUGUCAGCGACAAGACGAAGACAGUUUUCCCGAAGAAGUGUGCUCUGCUGGAGGUAUCUCGUCAGUGUCACUACCGGAUGAGGCUGGGAGACCAGGAGCAAUGGUAUUGCAUCUCUCAGAUCUGCAGGAAUCGGAUAAUUGCAGUGUGUGAUUUUCUCAACUACUUACGUUACAACGAGAGGGGCUUAGUCAAAAGCUCAGUGCAUGAUGUGUACUGGGAGAUGACUCGCCUUAGGAAGGAAAUGGUACUGGCUCGGCUGGGGCUUGCCCUCUCACUGUAAAACAGGAACAGGGAAGCAAGUUUUAGGAAACCAUCCACGAUGCAACCAGGCUAGUGGUAACAUGGAAGGGGUUCGACAGAAUCUACUUCUUCACAGUAUACUGACCAAAGAGUUAACAAUUAUGUGAUGUAAUUAUUAUGAUGUAACUUCCAAGACCUGUAAGUGUACCUGGGAAUUGAUGACAAGACUGCAGACUGAAAGCAUACUUCCACUGUAUUUAUAAGGAGAUUGUACAGACAUCAAUCUGUACUUUCAUGAUUUUUAUUAUAACAUUCUUUUAUAAGGUGAAAUGUGGAAGGAAUGAAAUUACUAUGUAUGUGUGAGUACUGAUUUUUUUAGACUGAAUUGAAAAUAAAAAUAUCUGGAUACCGAUUUACAAAAAUGUUCAGUCUCAAACCUUGAGAAAAUUCAGAGAACUGCUUUUGCUUUGAAUAGCAGCAAAGAUGUUUGACAAUAGAGACUGUUUGUCUUGUGGCAACAGCCUUGUCAGUGUAUCAGCAGCAGAAUGCAGGCAGUCUAGGCACAGUUAAACCACAAAGUUGUGAACUUUUUCUAUUGUAUGCCACUUCUAACAAAAAUCACUAUAUUUCCCUUCCCUGAUAAUCACCUAGUUAAUUAUCUCACCAUUUUGUCUUUCAGUGAUAUCAAUAGACCCAGUCACCUUCAGGACAAAUUCUAAAAACUAAACCUCAUGAAAUGCCUAUAACUUGAAGAGUUUCAUUCACAAUAUAAAAACUGUUACUGAAAAGGAUAAAUAGUACAUUUUAGUAUACUGCAAAAGUUGCUAUUAUUAUAAAUUGUGAUUACAGUGAAACAAAAUUGGUCUACUAAAUACAAUUUUCAUCUCAAACUGAAAGUGUCAUUCUCACACAUGCAUAAAAAUUGUAGUCAUCAUUCCUAGGAAUCCUGUUAAAUGUGUAGAAAAAAUCAUACAAAUUUAAAUGUUAUACAUAUAUAUUUUGAUGUAUCAUAAGCUAUUCCUGUAUUUCUCUGUACAAAGUUCUUUGUUAUUUUAUUGUUGAAUGUAAGGAAUAUACAGCUAUACUCUUCCAUAAUACUGAAAUCAGAGCAGUUAUAAUCGCAUAUGUAGCACAUUUCUAAUAUCCUAAUGCGCUUUAUAUGCUGUUAUGUUGGGGUAUUUUUUUAAGUCUUCCAGUGGAAAAAAUACAUAAUUUUAAAAUCCGCCAAUACAGUAUGCCUAUUGUACUGACUGUUUCAUGCCAUUUCUAUUAUAUGAAUGUUGUCAGAAGUAAUGAAAUUAGUUUUACUAUAAAUCAAUAAUUGUAAUGACUUCCUUAAAACAACUCAUACAUACUUGCAAAUACAAGUCCAUGAAGCAUAUACUCCUACUGAGGAAAGUGGGCAAUUCAGUAUGAAGAAUGCUUUCUUGGUUAAAUUAUGGAUUAAUUAAAAACACUGUCUAAAAAGGAAACAACUAGACAUCACAAUAACACAGGAUCUCAAAGAGCAUCACUGCGAGGACCUCUGAGGACUUCAAUACCAAACAUUUCGUUUUAACAAGAGGCACAAGGACACAAACCAUAUCGGUUCAAGAUCUUAAAUAUUAUAUAUUAAUAAUAUUAUUAAUCCAAAUAAUUGUAAAUAACUUUUAUAUAAAAAUGUCUAUGUAUUAUGUUCCUGAAUAUUGUAACUGUCCAAUUUAGGGGACAGUCAAUUGAUUUUUGUGUGUAUGGUUAGGGUUCUGUGACAUUCAUCACUUUUGUCUCACAGCUGGAGAUUUCCUCCUGAGACACACAGCAGGUGGCUUGGGUCAAGCUUGAAGCCAGCUGCCCAUCAGUAAAUCACCCAAGCCAAUGCAUAACACAAGAACAAGUUCUUUAGAAAUUCUAAACUUUGACAGGUGAAAUCAUAAUUUUUGCAGAGUUAUUAUAUGCUACCCAAAAUUUCAGUUUGACAGUCAUGCAGCAGGCGGCAGAGUUCACUCAAGUGAGUAUUUCUUUUUCUAAUUGGAUGAAAAAGAUUAAGCAGCCUUCCAGCUUGCCUGGUCCAGCCAAUCAAAAUCUGAAGCAGAACGUCCUUUGCCCAAAUUUUGGGUAACCAGAGCAGAUGUCUACCCAUGAGAGAGUGCUUGGCUGGGCACUCAGAAAUUUACACUCAUCUGAGGUACACAUGUUCUGAUCCCCGUACAUACACUAUGUGGUUCCUCUAGACUAGUGUGUCUUAGUAACCAGUAUAGGAGCCUAAAUCCACCAAUCAGUUAAGUGGAUCACUUCGGCGCAGUUAUUAUCUGAAUAGUAAAAUCUGAAUAAAGACUUUAAACUGCUAACUGGUGUUGAGUGUUGACCUUCCUACACCCAAGGCCCCCCUAAUCACCCAAGUCAUGGCCAGUCAACACUACCUGAGAGAUGAUGAAUUUCUCUGCCGGAGCUAGUAGUACAAAAGAACGGUUACAACAUGUUGAUCUUAGGCUUUCUGAAGAUGGUCAGCUGACCGAAAGAUGUAAAGGGCAAUAUAUAUCUACAAAUUAAAUCAUAAUGGAUGGUGUUUUUAAUUAUUCUAUAAUUUAGUUUAUUAGUGUGACUGACCAGAAUGAACAAAGUUAACCUUUUAUACACAAUAUACCACCAUCAAUAAUGAAACUACUUCCAUCACUCCUUCCCUUCGCAACAUAUUUCAGCCUCAAAGCUUCAAACGGCCAUAAUCAGAUGUCUCGGCUAUGCCAAAACGGUUCCACUGUACAGAAUGUUCACUUUUUCACAUCACAUAUAACUGCGAUACUUCAUGAUUUUAAAAUACUGGAUGUUAUAAAUGAUAAAUUAGUUAAUAUUAGUUAAAAUACCAUAUGCUGUAAUUUACUUAAAAUUGAAAUUCAUUAAAAAUUUUCCGUUAAAA